GCUGUUAAAUCCGCGAAGCUGCGGACGGGCUUUGGCGGAGAAGAUGCACGCAGGAUUUACAGACCCAGACCUAUGGCUUUUGCGUGGGUUGCCACAGGCUAUGCCGGAGGACAGGCUGAUUGAGGAGCUUCGGAGAAUGGGAAUUGCCUUGCCGGCUUUUUGGUAUCUUCCGAGAAGUCGCAAGCGCACACUCUUCAACCGAGGUUAUGCCUUCAUCCGUUUCUUCAGCGAUGACCACGCCGAUGAAGCAGUUGCCGUCCUGGCUGAGCCCCCGCCACAGCUUCGGGGUGUACGCAUUGAUCGCAGCCACGCCAUAUCUGCGACGAUGGUGAACCAUGCCAAUCUUUGGCGGACCACGGCACCACCGGUGUGUAGAGUGAUGCCUUACUUGCGCGGGGCCAUUGACCUGGAUUUGCAGAGGCGCGAUGUGGCAGUGGCGCCCUCCGAGCAAGAAGUGCCAUUCACAAG